AUGCAGCUCCUCCUCCUCUCACUCCCGCUGACUCUCGCCCUGAACAUCGUCACCUCCAAUGACGAUGGCUGGGCUGAGAGUAACCUCCGCGCCUCCUAUAAUUCUCUCACCUCCGCCGGCCACUCCGUGAUCCUCUCCGCACCAGCGGAGAACAAAAGCGGCUCCGGCUCCAGGGACGAACCUCCCAUCCCCCUGAUAGAGCCAUGUGAGUACGAUAGCUGUCCAGCCGACAGUCCCGCCACCGGAUUCAAUGCCUCUAACUCGCACUUGAACUACGUCAAUUCCUACCCGGCCACGUCGAUGAAAUACGGUAUCAACACCCUCUCGGAACAGCUCUUCCACGACCCUCCCGACCUGGCUAUCGCCGGCCCCAACGUCGGCGUGAACCUCGGUGUCGAGGUCUUCUUCUCCGGUACUGUCGGCGCCACCGUCGCCGCCGUGCAUGAAGGUCUCCCUGCCAUUGCCUUCUCCGGUGUCUCAGGCCGACGCACAGCGUGGAACGAACCUACCCCGGCCUCUAGUCUGCUGUACGCCGCUCUGGCGACGAAUUUCACUGACAGACUAACGGCAAAGGGACCACCAUUUCUUCCAGAGGGUAUUUGGAUUAAUGUGAACUUUCCCAAGAUGUCGGAUGGAUGCGACUCCGUCGACGAUGUCAAGUUCGUUCUGUCGCGGAUCUUUCCUCAUGUUCCGCUCAUUAGUCCAGAUAAUGUACAUGUGUGCGGGAGUGAUAGGUUGCCUACCGAGACGAAGGUCGUGUUCUCGGGUUGUUACGCUAGCGUCUCUGUGGGACAGGCGAGUAAUAAACGUGAUGCUAAUGCUACCAUGCAGGAGGUGGUGUUGAAGCAGUUGGUCAUACAUUGUGUCGUGAACUGCCAGCUCUCCUGCACGCUUUUUAUCCGUACCUGGUUCGGCCAGAAGGACGACACGGCCGGCAAAAAAGCUGCCGAUGCCGCAUACCGGCGAUUCCUGAUCCAUGCCAUACAGGAGGGUAACCCCGAUUACGACAGCUACGGCGUGGAUCCAGAGUUCAUUAUUCAUACCGAGGCAGCGGAAGCAGAGGAAGACAUGCUACAGAGCCUUCUUAUUCUCGUUGCGGAUCGGAAGGCCUGUGAGGAGGGAUGGGUGGUGCAUCUUGCAAUUAACCACAAGGGCCUGGUUCUUCCCUUUAGAACACGCGAUAGAGCCAGCCAAGUAUCCCAAUAUGUGGCUAACCGGGAUAAUGGUCAGGCUUUAGAAGAGAUUGCUGACAAACCAGAUCAGGAUGAGCUCUGCAUGUGUGAUGGCGAUGGCUGGGCACUUUGGGUUUUCUAG